AUGAACGUCUUCCGCAGCAGCGCCAGCAGCAAUCAGAGCCCAAAGGCUGACACGGGCCCUCUGUUUGCGACCUACCUCCUCCCAAGCCUCAAGAUCCCCUUCUUCCGGCGCCGUCAGAGCUCGGCUACCGCCUCGUCCGCGGCGACCAGCAAUGAUGUGCCCUCGCUGAGCAGCUCGCCCACCUCGGCCAACUCCAUAGAUGACCUUCCAUUCUCCCCUACCACGAGCAUCCCCGGUGUCGAGACCUACUCCUUCCAUCUGGACGACGACAAACCGUCGUCCCACGCUCCCCAGCAACCGCCCCGCUCCCGUCGCAACUCGGACCGCGGCCGCCUGUCCCGACCUCUCCCCGACGUCCUCCGAUGCACCACCUGCGGCACAGACGUCGCCUACGGGCUGCAGGUCGUCUCGAAAGGCUUCACGGGCCGGCACGGCCGCGCCCUGCUCGUCUCGCCCCCUCUGCCGUCCUCGACCCCUUCCUGCCCCGGGCCGCCCAUCAGGAAUGGCUCGUACCCCUCCGCGAACCCGGCGUCGCCGCAGCACCCCAACCCCAGCUCGUACAGCUCGUACAGCUCGCUCGCGCGCGACGGGACCAACCUCGUCAACGUGGCCGUCGGCACGCCCGAGAAGCGCAGCCUCGUCACGGGCAUGCACGUCGUGGCCGACAUCACCUGCGCGACGUGCGGCGUCAAGAUCGGCUGGAAGUACGUCGACGCGAGGGAGCACGCGCAGAAGUACAAGGUCGGCAAGUUCAUACUCGAGACGGAGAGGGUCGCGCUUCACCGUACCUGGGAGGAUGCCGCGGACCAUGGUGACGACGGUGCGCCAAGGGGCCAUUUCUAUUCCUCUUCCGCGCCGGUCGAGUCUUUUGGCGGUGGGAGGAGGGCAUCCGGGCUCGGAGGCCGGCGCAAGGUGAGCUGUAGUUCCGAGGAGGCUGGUGUGGCUGAUGGCGGUGACCUCGAUGAAGAGGAUGAAGAGGACGGUAGUCUGGAGCAGAGCGACGGCGAGGUCAUGUUUGACUCGGAGGAUGAAGAUGAGUGUGAGGACAUCUUCGCUGGCACCUGGGAUGCCGCCACAGUUGCGCGGCGACGGGGGUCCAGGGUCGUUGGCAAUGGUGGUUAUACCAACGCUGCGAAGAAGGCUGGAGGCCGUCGCUGA